AUGAACAGUAAAGACCUAACAGCCAACAUCAUGAACUUCAGCCUGGAUGAGGGAGAUCUGGGCAGUCAGGGUUACACUCGAGUCCUCCUACAGCUGUUUGGCUACACAGGCCAUGGAAAAUCUGCCUUCAUUAACUCUUGUAAGUAUGUCCUAGAAAAAGGUGAGAUCUUCAAGGAAUACGCCGAGGCCCGAAAAAAACCGACCACGGACUGACCAUGGUAAGAAAUGAAUAUGACCUUACCAACGUGGUCACCAUCGUAGACAACAGAGGCUGCAGUAGAAUGAGUGAUUUUGAAAGAGCUGAAGUGUAUGCCCAGCUUGGAAACUUCAUCCCCAUCGGGAAGAAAGUUGAAUGGAAA